AGCCAUUUUGAAAGAGUGGCUCGCAGCUGCUCGCGGUUGUCAGUUGGGACUGCCAGCUGCGGGAGGCUCCCGAGAAACUCUCCGUCCUAAGUCUUAAGUCCUAGAGGACCACCCCGCGGCGGCGGCAUAAUCCUUCGCCGCCAUGUUUGGCUCGCCCUUCCCUUUGCCAGGGGCAGCCGCAGCACACAUCGGAACCGCCAUCCCGGAGCAGCUCGGAGCCAGCCGGGAUGGCAGCACCAUGAGGGUCUUGGUGCAGAACACAUUCAUAGAGGUGAUCUCCGAGGUCACCGAGGAGCACAAGGAUACCAGCCGGCGCAACCGCUCCGCGCCAGCAGCAGUGACCACCGAAGAGGCGCUUGAGGAUUUUGAGAGCGCUUUCGCACUUGCGGGACAUGGCAAGCCAGACAACGGCGCCAUAGACUGCGACCUCGGUGAUGAAGGCGGUGGAGAUCGCACCACCGUGGUACUUCGCAACCUGCCGCCGAACUAUUCUCGGGCGUUCCUGCUGGAGCUGCUUGACGCGCAUGGCUUUGCAGGGAAGUAUGACUUUGUCUACAUGCCGCUCGAGUUCGGCUCCGGCACGACGUUCGGAUUCGCGUUCGUGAAUCUCACAGGGCCAGAGCACGCCGCUCACUUCAAGACGGUCUUCGAUGGGUUCUCUUCCUGGCAGGUACCCUGCGAGCGCGAGGCGGCGGUGGGCUGGAGCUGGUCGCAGGGGUAUCAGGCCCACGUCGACCGCUACAGGAACAGCCCAGUGAUGCACGACGCCAUGCCCGACGACUGCAAGCCCAUCGUCUUUGCCAGCGGGGCGCGCGCAGCCUUUCCGCCGCCGACCAAGAGGGUGCCUCCCCUCAAGCGGCAGCGGAGGCGCCCCGCGCCCCGCGCCCGCGGCGCCGCGGCGCUGGCGGCGUCUGCGGGAGACGAGUCGAGCGGCACGGCCUCGAACGUGGAGGGCGGCUGCAGUCUCCCGGGCCGGCAGGAGGAGGGCUCCCUGAUGCGCGGCGCCCUCGAGGCCGUCGACCGCGGUGCCUGCGAGGGGGACCUCGUCGGGGAGAGCCCGCUGGCCUCCGCCCUCUGCGCGUACACUGGCGGGCUCCUGGGGCGAGACGACGGCCGAUGGAAGGCGUCCCCGCGGCAGGAGAGGCCCGCCGGGGCGCGCGGGGCGCGCGUGGCCAGCUGGGCCGACCUGUCCGAAGAUCCGGACUGCCCCGACGCCCUGCAGGGCUUGCUGCUGCCCGGGCUCUGCCCCACGCGGGAGCUGCAGGAACGACCCUCCGCGAAGCGGCCGCCGAGCCCCGAGGGCCCGGGGGUGCCGAGGCCUGGCUGCGAUAGCAAGGAGGUGGACCUCCACAGCGAGAGCUCCACCGACGUCUCGAGCUCGCACUUCCUCUCGCAGGUCGCCUGCCAAGAGCACCCGCACUCGGCGGGGCAGCUGAGCUCGGGCUCCACGUCGGACGCGGCGCAGCGCAGCGACACCGCCCGCUCCAGCGCCAGGCGUGGGAAGCGCGCGGGCAGGCGGCAGGCGAAGGGCCACGCGAGCGCAGCCCCCUGGACAGGAGGCUCCAUCCUGCUGCCUGGCCUGGUAAGCCUCGGGUUCCACGAGGCCGGGCCGCUCACCCGGAUCUCCGACGACUCCGAGGCGUCCUAGGCGCGCCAUCGGCGGCCUGUAGGGCGCGUCCGAGGGAGACAGUGACAAACUGCCCCGACGACGCACUCGGUGGCCGGGUGCAUGUGCUCUGUUCCUUUAGACGGGCCAGGGCUCGUGCGAUAGCAGUGCGAAGCCUUCUCGGCGCUCGGCGGCGGCGAUGGGCGUAGCUUCCCAGGAGCUCCAGGAGCCAGCGGGACGCUGCCCGACGCGACGCACGACGGGUCCCAUGUAGUAUCUCGCUGCGGUGCCGCUUGGGCAGGCAUUCGCAGUCCCUGUUUGAACAGCGCCCCAGCACCAGCGGGGCACGCAGGAGGAGGGGAUUUGCUGAAGCAAGAUCCAGAGUUCAGUCCGGCGUGUCCCUCCACAGGGG